AUGAUAGCUCAGCUUCCUCCCGCCAAAAUGCAGAUUCCGGCGCCUAUUAGGGCCCCGAAGUUUCUCUCCCGCCGGCGUCUCUUCGAGCAGAAGCUCGCUGACCUCAGCAAUUGCACGGACCUGAAGCAGCUGAAGCAGAUGCACGCACUCAUAUACAAACACAACCUCCACGAGAACCUUUUGGUGGCCCCUAAGCUCAUCUCCUCCCUGUCCCUCUGCGGCCAGAUGGCCCUCGCCGUCAAGGUGUUCGACCAAAUUCCCAACCCGAACUCCUACCAGUUCAACUUUCUGAUCAAGGCCUACAUAAAAAACUCCGAGCCCGACCGGGCCCUCGAGGUCUUCUGCCGGAUGCGGCUGUCGGGGAUCCCUCCGGACAACCACACGUACCAGUUUCUUCUGAAGGCCUGCUCGGAUCUGAAAUCGGUGGGGAUGAUUCACGCACUGGUGGAGAAAUGUAGUCUUAAUAUGGCCCCCUUCGUGCCGAAUUCAAUGAUCGAUGCUUACUCCAAGUGCGGGCCGGAGGGCAUUCAGGCCGCAAAGAAAGUCUUUGAUGUGAUGGGAGAGAGGGAUGUAGUCUCCUACAACUCGAUUAUCACUGGGCUGGAUGGAGACAUGGCCAAAGCAUUCGAGCUCUUUCAGAAAAUACCGUCGAGGAACGUUGUCUCUUGGUCGACCAUCAUUUUCGGUUUUGUGAAAACAGGCGAUCUCGAGAUGGCUAAGGUGUUGUUCGAUGGCAUGCCCGUCAAGAAUGCGGUGACGUGGACGAUUAUGAUAUCCGGGUAUGCCGAGAAGGGCCUAGGAAAGGAGGCAAUUGGGCUUUAUCACCAAAUGGAGAGAGAAAAUUUCAGGCCCGAUGAUGGGGCUUGCAUUAGUAUUUUGUCCGCUAGUGCAGAAUCCGGUUUGUUGGGCCUGGGGAAGAAAGUUCACCGUUCGAUAAUGAAGAAUCGGCCCAAAUGUGGUACCGUGGUGAGUAAUGCCUUGGUUGACAUGUACUGUAAAUGUGGGAGCUUGGACCAGGCAUGGAGGAUUUUCAAUCAGAUCGAGAAAAAAGAUUUGAUUUCUUGGAAUGCCAUGAUACACGGGCUGGCCAUUCACGGUCACGGGCCUAAGGCCCUUCAGCUUUUCAACGAAAUGAGAAUCCAAGGGUUAAAGCCCGACAAUGUGACUUUCGUGGGUGUCCUGUCCGCCUGUAGCCGCUCGGGCCUAAUCGAGACAGGAAUCAGUUAUUUCUACAGUAUGGAGAGUGAAUAUAGAAUUUGUCCACGAAUUGAACAUUACGGUUGCUUGAUUGACCUAUUGGGCCGUGGGGGCCGCUUGGAUGAAGCUUUUAGGGUAUUACACGAGAUGCCAUUCGAGCCGAAUGUUGUUAUAUGGGGUUCGAUUUUGGCGGCUUGCCGGAUGCAUAAUGAAGCCAGGCUGAGUGAGGAGGUGCUUGGCCUGCUUGUGAAAUUCGAGCCGCAAAUAAAUUAUGAGAACUAUAAUCUCGUGUUGUCGAGCGUGUUCGCUUCAGUGGGCGAUUGGUCGAGUGUUGCGAAUGUGAGAGUGAUGAUGAGGCAAAGGGUCUCUGGGGUUAGCUCGAUAGAGUUGGAUAAUAGAUUUCACAGGUUUAAGGCCAUGGAUAGAAGUCACCGGAUAUCGGAUAGGAUAUACGGAACAGUCGAUUGGCUUAACGAGCAUAUUAGGAAGAUUGGCUGUGUCCCGGACCUCGUGGUGUAG